AUGACGGCUUGCUUCACUGGCAGUGACAGCUCUCUGGACUUCAUAUUGAGGGUUUGUUUCACUGGCAGUGACAGCUCUCUGGACUUCAUAUUGAGGGCUUGCUUCACUGGCAGUGACAGCUCUCUGGACUUCAUAUUGAGGGCUUGCUUCACUGGCAGUGACAGCUCUCUGGACUUCAUAUUGAGGGCUUGCUUCACUGGCAGUGACAGCUCUCUGGACUUCAUAUUGAGGGCUUGCUUCACUGGCAGUGACAGCUCUCUGGACUUCAUAUUGAGGGUUAACAACUCGGAGACGAAGCUCCUGCUUUUUGGUCGAGCCCUGAAGUCAGAGGUCAAACUGGACCCAGUGGAGGUGGUGGGACAGAGAUACAAGGUGAGGAACAUGCUGGAUGAGAUCCAUCCUCCCAGGGACUUCUACACUGUUGUGAAGCCUGCCAUAGACGAUAUGAUGGGUAAGGAUAUCACCUUCGACAUCUUGUUCCAUAACUCUGAACACCAGGCCACGCUCUUCAGAUAUGGACUCAAGAAGUCUACACAGAUUGAGAAGGUCUACAUCCAGAUCCUGCCCACCUGGAAGGAGCUGUUUAAGAAGAGGAAGUUGUAACAAUGACUACAACAGCGGCUGUGUUCUAGAACUCUGCCUACAGUCUGACGCCCCCCUUCUCCCCCCCUUCUCCCCCCCUUCUCCCUGGACCUCAUGCUGGGCCAUCUCCUUUCUUACACCAGUACAUUCAUUUUUAAAUCCUCGAGGGAGAAUCACCUGUUGUUCUACUCCUCACCAGCAGAGGAAACCAAAACAACUACCAUCCUGAAGUCUGGCCAACUUACUUUCUGUUUUGCUCCACUGUGGUGAGGAUGGUGUGGAUCAGCCUAAGGAUUCCUGCUAAUGAGGAACAAGGAGAAUCAUAGCAGAUUGGAAUGUAUAGUUAAAAUAGUAUUUAACUCCAGUGUAGUGUAUAACAACUCCAGUGUAGUGUAUAACUCCAGUGUAGUGUAUAACUCCAGUGUAGUGUAUAACUCCAGAGAGAGAGAGGAGAGAAGGGGGAGAGAGAGAAAGAGAGAGAGGAGAGAAGGGGGAGAGAGAGAAAGAGAGAGAGGAGAGAAGGGGGAGAGAGAGAAAGAGAGGAGAGAAAGGGGAGAGAGAGAAAGAGAGAGAGGAGAGAAGGGGGAGAGAGAGAAGGAGAGAGAGGAGAGAAGGGGGAGAGAGAGAAAGAGAGAGGAGAGAAGGGAGAGAGAGAGAAAGAGAGAGGAGAGAAGGGGGAGAGAGAGAAAGAGAGAGGAGAGAAGGGGAAGAGAGAGAAAGAGAGAGGAGAGAAGGGGAAGAGAGAGAAAGAGAGAGGAGAGAAGGGGAAGAGAGAGAAAGAGAGAGGAGAGAAGGGGAAGAGAGAGAAAAAGUUAGGAGAGAAGGGGAAGAGAGAGAAAGGGAGAGGAGCGAGAAGGAGAAGAGAGAGAAAGGGAGAGGAGCGAGAAGGAGAGAGAGAAAGAGAGAGGAGAGAAGGGAAAGAGAGAGGAGCGAGAAAGGAGAGAGAGAAAGCGAGGGAGGAGAGAAGGGGGAGAGAGAGAAAGAGAGAGGAGAGAAGGGGGAGAGAGAGAAAGAGAGAGGAGAGAAGGGGGAGAGAGAGAAAGAGAGAGGAGAGAAGGGGA